AUGCAAUUAAAAACCAAGCUAUUGCUGACUUAAUUGAUGUUAUAAAAUUUAAUAAGUUUGAUUUAAGCUGGAAAUCAAGAGAGUAAGGAUAUGAUAAUUUUGAUUGUGAAUGCAAUUGGAAUAAUAUUGAAUUUAGUAAUUUUCUGUCUCAUUUAUUCAAGAUAGAGGGAGGACAUUAUUAACUCAGUCGUUCAAUUUCAUAUCAUUUUUUAAUUGGAAAUAAUAUUUUACAAAGUACACAGCAUAAACACCUAUUUCCUACUCAUUUAUUUGCUUGCAAUUGAGAACAUAUUGAAAAAUGACAAUAAAUGUUAUUAAAUUUUGACUCAUCUGCUCUCCUUAUACUUAUUUGUUAGAAUGACCAUUUAAUUUUACCAACAAUUUGCCACAUUUGAAUUCAUCUUACUCGUUCUCUGGUAACCUCUCAACCACGCAUUCCUAUAUUUAGACAAAUCAUCACAAGAAAACACUCCGAUGAUUCCCAACACUCCUUCACAAAAAAUGGCCAAUCCUCAUGCUCAUCUGAGUUACGGAGAUCAAUUUCAACAAGAUUUAUUAGAUGAGAAAUCCCCCCACCCAGAAAAAAAUAUUAAUGUAACCUUGGAUGAAGAUCUUCUAAACUGUCUACCAUAUGGGCUGGCACUAAUUGAUAAAAAUUAUCAUGUCCUACAUCACAAUGAAAAGCUAUUAAAUUACUUAAUGGUGACAUCAACCGAUUAAAUUGUGAAUUCCUUAGAUUAAUUUCUAUCCAAUGCGGAACUCAACUCUUUUAAAACCCAUCUCAAUGCCAAACACAAACCACCCAUAGUUCCACUUCGAAAGCUCAAACAAAGUUCUGCAAACUAAUAUUAAGUUGGUUCAGGAAGAACCUUAAAUUAAACUAAUUGGCUCUCUGAUCGUUUGAAAGUAAAUAUGAAGAAAAAAGAAUCCUUCCAGUCCAGUAUUCACGACGAAGUCACAUAUUAAUAUGUAUAAUUCGUUAUGAAUGAAUUCUAAUAAAAUAUCCAUAAAUAAAUGAACAAUGGGUAAGAUACUCAAUCUAGGACAUCUGAAACUACCCAUAUGUUUUAGUUCCAUGUAGUCUAAGACAUUAAUUCCAAGAAAAAGCACUAUUAAAUUAAAGCCUAUGAAGUUAAAAUUUAGGCAAAAUCCAAAGAUCCAGUAUAUUUGUUUGUUGUAGAAAACAUAACUAACAAAGAAGAACUCAAAGAAAUUACUUUUAGAUACAAAUUUUAAUAGGCUUUACUAAAUUCAUUUAGCCAUGAAUUAAGAACUCCUUUAAAUUGCUCUCUCCCAUUAUUAUAAGUUUUAAGCAAAAAGAUUGAUGAACAUCUCAAUAACACUUUAUUAUUACCUGCUAUUACAUCAAGCAAAAGAUUAUUACUAUAAAUUAAUGAUAUUUUAGAUUAUGCCUAGAUAGAAUGUCAAGAUUUCAAAUUAAAUUCAGAUAACUUUUAUGUUAGUGAGAUAUUUAAUGAUUUAAAAGAACUAUUUUAAUCAGAGUGUCAAUAAAAGUAGAUUGAAUUGAUCUUAAAUUUUAAUAAUACUUUGAGAAUUUGCAGUGAUAAAUUAAGAAUAACAUAAAUUCUAGUUAAUUUAUUAAAUAAUUCUGUCAAAUUUACAAAAUAAGGGGGUAGAAUAGUGCUUUCAGUCAAAAAAAAGGAUAAUCAAUAUGUGUUUUCUGUUUGGGACAAUGGAGAAGGGAUUAGCAGCGAUUAGAUGUUAAACAUGCAAAAUCAACUGUUAUAAUAAAAUGGGUCUAAUAAAUUAGGAUUAGGUCUCAGGGUUUCUCAAGGGAUUGUUAAAUUUUUAAGUGGAAAUGGGGAAUUGUAAAUUAAGAGUUAGAAGGGAUUCUAUACCGUUGUCAGUUUCUCUAUAGAUUAAUAGAUAAAAACAGGAUUUUAAGAAGUUGGACAUUCAUUACAUGAUAUUGAGGAGAUUAAAUCUAAUUCCAAGGAUUCAGUAUAGAAAGUCUAUGUUUCAUCUAAGAAUUUCUUAAAUUAAUAAUGCAAAUGUCCUUAGAUUCUGAUAGUAGAUGAUGUACCUUUUAACCAUAUAGCAUUGCUUGCUCUAUUAUAAGUUUAUGAAUGGAAGGCGGAAAGCGCAUAUGACGGUGAUUCUGCAAUUCGAAAAGUAAAGCAAAAAUUACAAAAUACUUGUUGUAGGGCCUAUAGAUUGAUUUUUAUGGAUAUUGAAAUGCCAGGAAAGAAUGGAUUUGUGGUUAGUAGUGAAAUCUCUGAACUUCUUCGUAAAGAAAGAUAAAAUACCGUUAUCGUAAUGUGUUCAGCUUAUAAUGGAUAAGAGAAUGCCGAAAAAGCCCAUGAGAGUGGAAUGCAUGAAAUAGUAUCCAAACCAAUUUCAUUAGAUUCCUUACAAACGCUUUUAGGAAAAUACUUUUGUUGA